AUGUCCGGCGCCUCGAUCCCACGAGCAGAUGCGCGCAAUGGCAUAGUCCAGCAAUGGGACGCCCAUGUCAAUGGAAGAAAUGCCAACCACACGCCGCCGUCGAAUGGCUCCGCAUCGCCCACACGCGCGCAGCACAGCUGCGGGAUGGAGGACUCUCGACUUACACCUCCCGUUACCGAAGAAGACGAGAAGCUGUGGCGUGACCAGGAGCUGAACGCCAAGAUCAUGCGCCAGGUGGAAGAGCAGGGUAUUACGCGACCAAAAGGGCACAAGGUGUCGUAUCACUACAACAGCGGCGUGGAGAACAUGCACUUUGGCAGGACACAUCCCAUGAAGCCCUGGCGGCUGACAUUGACGAAACAUCUUGUUCUGGGACAUGGUCUGCAAUACUCUAUGGAUACAUACGAGCCAGUGGCCGCUGGCUUGGACCAAGUACGCAAGUUCCACGACAAGAACUACGUCGAGUUUCUCAGCAAAGUCAGCCCAGAUACUUUCAACGACCUCUGCAAGAUCCCCAAGUUCGCGAUUGCGAUACCUCCGAAACAUGAAGGCGACACUGUUGAGUUGGGUCCGUUCAACCUGUCUACCAGCCCGGGAGCGGAUUGCCCAGUCUUUGACGGCAUGUCCACCUACCUUUUUCUCUACACAGGAGCCACCCUCCACGCCACGCACCAGCUCACCUCCAACCAAUCGGACAUCGCCAUCAACUGGUCCGGCGGUCUUCAUCACGCGCACAAAUAUGAAGCGUCAGGGUUCUGUUACAUCAAUGACAUCGUUCUAUCCAUUAUAGACAUGCUCCGGGUAUAUGCUCGGGUGCUGUACAUUGACAUCGAUGUACACCAUGGCGAUGGUGUCGAAGAGGCUUUCCAGCGUCAUCCUCGGGUCAUGACGCUGUCUUACCAUCGGUAUGGUCCCUACGAUGACACCGGACACAAAUUCUUCCCUGGAACGGGUGACCUGGACGAUGUUGGUCUCAAGGGUACCGCAGGAGAACACUUCGCCCUGAACGUGCCAAUUCCGUCUGGUAUUGAUGAUCGUCAGUAUAAGUUUCUGUACGAAGAGGUCACGGGCCGCGCGAUCGACGCCUUCAAGCCGUCUGCCGUAGUGUUGCAGUGCGGAGCAGAUUCUCUUGGUGGCGACCGCCUUGGCCAGUUCAACAUCAAUAUCAAGCAACAUGGCGAAUGCGUGUCGUUCGUCAAGAAGCGUGGACUGCCACUGCUGCUUCUCGGUGGCGGAGGCUACACGGCUCGCAACGUUGCAAGAGCGUGGUGCCACGAAACAGCACUGGCCACGGACAACGAAUUACCUGAUAAAAUCCCCAUGGACAUUGUUCCUCAACCGCUUGCUUUCCAGAACAAGGCGCACGGAAGUGGCAUGAUGUAUCCCUCCUUUGAAAGGCUGCACAAGAACGAAUGCAAGGACUCGGAUCUCGAAUACAUGGUCAAGAAAUUGGAUGAUGACCUCAGAUAUGUGCGGAAUGCACCUUGGGUCAAGAUGGACCAAUUACCCACGCAAGGCGCGAUGAAACGAAUUAUGGACGAAGCGGACGAGGACCUACAUGCUACGAAGCAUGAACGCGAUAGGCGCUGGAAAGAACGGAACCCUGCUGGCCGUGGAGAACUACGUUGA